UGUGUAGUAAAAAUAAUGUUUUUGUCGCGUGCAGAACUUGAAAACUUUGGAAGUCCGACAGAUUUAAAUAUUUUGAAAUUGUGUUUUGAGGAAAUUGUAUCAUCAUAUCCAAAACAGAGCUUAAGAUUUAGCGUAAUCCCCAAGCUUUGUUCGUGUCUUAAUCUUAGACUGUUGAGAGAUGGCGUCAAAUUCGGUGGGAGAUUUGGUUGUGAAAUGGAGUGGGAAAGAAUAUAAGAUAGCAGGCUUGAGAGAUACGGAGACUGUUGGGGACUUCAAAAAUGCUAUCUUGAAGGAAACAGGUGUACUGCCAGAGCGCCAAAAGCUUCUGGGCUUAAAGUAUAAAGGUAAAAUACCCUCUGAUGAUGUCCAGCUGUCUGCUCUUACAUUAAAACCAAACAUGAAGAUCAUGAUGAUGGGCACUAGAGAGGAAACAUUGCAAGAUGUGAUAGAACCACCCAAGGAUCUGCCAGAUGUGAUCAAUGAUUUUGAUAUAGAAGAAGAUGAGGUGGCUAUUGAGAACAGAGAGGAGUACCUUGCUAAAAUAGAGAAAAGAGUGAAAGAGUACAAAAUCAAUGUGCUGAAUGAACCUCGACCAGACAAGAAACUCCUCGUCCUAGAUAUUGAUUACACACUCUUUGACCACAGGUCUUGUGCAGAGUCUGGUACAGAGUUGAUGAGACCGUUCCUUCACGAGUUCCUGACCACUGCCUAUGAAGACUAUGACAUUGUCAUAUGGUCUGCCACAGGGAUGAAGUGGAUUGAAGCAAAAAUGAAGGAAUUGGGUGUUACGUCAAACCCCAGCUACAGGAUCAGUUUUAUGUUGGACAGUUGUGCAAUGAUAAGCAUACACACCCCCAAGUAUGGUGUUAUUGAGGUGAAACCAUUGGCUGUGAUCUGGGGAAAGUUUCCCCAGUGGAGUGAGAAGAACACAAUUAUGUUUGAUGAUAUCAGACGAAACUUCUUGAUGAACCCUCAGACAGGCUUAAAGAUACGUCCAUUUAAAGAAGCCCAUACUAAUCGCCAGAAAGACAGAGAACUGGUUAAAUUGUCUGAGUAUUUGAAGGUUAUAUCAGUUUUAGACGACUUCACCAAGCUUGACCAUAGGAGAUGGGAAAAAUAUUUGUCCAAGAAACAUAGACAUAGGCAGCAGGACUUGUUACGUUCAUCUGGCUCACACACUGCGUCAUCUGAUCAAAAUGAAAACUCAUCACAGAAAAAGAACAGCCAAGACCCAGAGGGUUCAUGACGGGGGAAGCUAAGUUAUUCAGACACUGAUCUCUUAUGCUGUCUCCCAGAGAAUAUGUUCACAUGUUUCACGAGGCGGAUAUGCUGACAUGUCUUACCAGGCAAAUGAGGAAAUAUUGCAGAGAUGUUGUGAAAACCAUUGUUGAUUUAUACCACAAACAUUUUCUGUGCUGUAGAGUAUUUGACAGAGAUCUCACACAGUAUGAUCCAUGACAUUCCUCUUCUGAGUGAUAGUCACCUCUGUGUGUGUGUUUUUUUGUUGUCACAAAUAUGUUUGAAUCAUGGCUGCCGUCAUUAGCCUUUGUCCAUUUGUGGUCACUACAUACAUGACUGUGUGCAUCUUGCAUUAGGAAACGCUGCCAUAACGUUACAUUUUGUUCCCAUUUUUUUAUACAUUUUUGGGGUUUUUUUUUUUAAACAUUUACAGAUAAAUUCAUUGUUAUAUGAGAGUGAAAAGUAUCAUCCCACUUGACUGAGUUAGAGAAAUUCUUGUUAAAGCCAUCAGCUGUUGAAAAUGUCACAGAAAAGGUGUCAUCCACUUGUAAACAUAGUCUUAAUCCUGUAUACAUACAGAACCUCUCUUCAAUUGUCUUUACUCUUCUGAUCUGUAGCAUAACAUGAAUUAUAUGGCAGGACAACUCACAAGUUAGUGAAGCAUCACCUUUAGGACAGUACAAAAUUUAAAGCAGUAAUGGCCAAUUUAUCUUCGGUAAAGAAUGAAAUUAAUCCUCGUUUUAUAGCUUCUGUCCCAGAUUAAGAAUUGUCAGAUCUUAUAGUGACCCCACAUUGCAGUAUAUUGCAUAACACUAAAUAACCUAAUGUAUACAUGCAUGUGUACAUGUAUAUUUGAUUGAUUACUUUAUGUACUUAAAUCAUUGUAUUACGUUCACUUAUGCGGUUAAAUAUUUUUCAACAAUAAUUGUUCAAGUUAUAAGUGGUCAAUUGGUUGUUCAUGACAAGCCUUAUUCUGU